AAGGCCGCGCCCCGCCGGGCGGGCGGGAUGGCUGCAGUGCUGGCCAUAAGAGUGGUCGCGGGUUUGGCGGCCGCUGCGCUGGCGGCCAUACUCUUGGAGCACUACGGCCUAGCAGGCCAGCCCUCCCCCCUACCGCAUCCCGCGCCCCACCGAAGGCCAUACCCCGCGCCAGGCCCCGGAGACAGCAACAUCUUCUGGGGCCUGCAGAUAUCCGACAUUCACCUGAGCAGGUUUCGAGAUCGAGGCAGAGCCGUAGACUUAGAGAAGUUCUGUUCUGAAACUAUUGACAUCAUUCAACCAGCUCUCGUCCUAGCGACAGGAGACCUGACAGAUGCCAAAACAAAGGAACAGUUGGGAUCCAGGCAGCAAGAAGUAGAAUGGCAAACUUACCAGGGUAUUCUGAAGAAGACAAGAGUCAUGGAAAAAACCAAGUGGCUGGAUAUCAAAGGAAAUCAUGAUGCAUACAACAUUCCAAGUCUGGAGAGUGUCAAGAAUUAUUACAGGAAAUACUCUGCUGUGCGUAGAGAUGGUUCUUUCCAUUAUAUCCACAGUACUCCCUUUGGCAACUAUUCUUUCAUCUCUGUGGAUGCUACCAAAACUCCAGGGCCUAAGAGACCCUAUAAUUUCUUUGGAAUUUUAGAUAAGAAACGGAUGGAGGAGCUGUUAUUACUGGCCAAGGAAAGUAGUCGGAGCAAUCAUACAAUUUGGUUUGGACAUUUUACAACAUCUACUACCCUUUCUCCAUCACCAGGAAUCCGGUCAGUAAUGAGUUCGGCUAUAGCUUAUUUGUGUGGGCACCUCCAUACACUUGGUGGACUGAUGCCUGUUUUGCACACUCGUCACUUCCAGGGCACUUUGGAACUUGAGGUGGGAGACUGGAAGGAUAAUAGAAGGUACCGGAUCUUUGCUUUUGAUCAUGACCUCUUUAGCUUUGCGGAUUUGAUCUUUGGCAAGUGGCCUGUGGUUCUUAUAACCAAUCCUAAAUCACUCCUUUAUAGUUGUGCUAAACAUGAACCACUAGAAAGACUCCUUCAUUCAACACACAUCAGAAUUUUGGCCUUUUCCUUAUCCUCCAUUACUUCUGUCGCAGUUAAGAUUGAUGGAGUUCAUUUAGGGCAAGCUAUUCAUUUAUCUGGUCCUAUUUUCAUACUGAAGUGGAACCCCAGAAACUACAGUAAUGGGGCACAUAACAUAGAAGUAAUUGUCCAGGAUUCUGCUGGAAGAAGUAAGAGUGUUCACCACAUAUUUUCUCUUCAAGAUAACAUUCAUCUCAGAUUUAAUCCCUUGGCAUCAUUUAUUCUCCUUGCUGACCACUGCACCAUGGCCCGGGUCCUUUUUGUGCUGAUUGUGCUGAUCCAGCUUACCAUUCUCAUAACUUUUAGGUAUCAAGGAUACCCAGAACUUAAAGAACCUCCAGGAUUUGUAAAUCUGACCUCAUUUUCCCUUCAUGUCUUGAGCAAAAUAAACAUCUUCUACUAUUCUGUGUUGUUGCUGACAUUAUAUACAGCACUGGGACCAUGGUUUUUUGGUGAAAUCAUUGAUGGCAAAUUAGGUUGGUGCUUUUCCUUUGGGAUUUUUGUUAAUGGACAUUUCCUACAAGGGAGCCUAACGUUUAUAGUAGGAGUUUUCCAGCUGGUGUUUUUUAACAUCCCCUUGAUGGCUUACCUGUGUUGGAGCUUGCUGCAGCGGUGCUUUGGUCACAACUUCAGGUCUCAUCUCUGUCAAGGAAAAUACUUGAAAAUUAUACCUGUUCACUUACUUAUGCUACUGCUGUACAUCUGGCAAGUUUAUUCUUGCUACUUUCUUUAUGUGACAUAUGGCACCCUAGCUGUUUUAUUUUCCCCUUUGCGGACCUGGUUGACACUGCUGACACCUGUUCUCAUUCAUUAUGUGUGGACACUGAAUUCUAUCAAGUUUGGAACCUUCAUGGUGCAGUUAAAAAGCCAUCUGAGCUCCUGAAGGCCAUGAUUCACAACUGGCAGCUGGGAAAAAGUCCAAUCUCUCCAUCUGUAGCCUAGGUCCUUGACCCAGUAGCAGGUGGAAGGCCAGUAUUGGUGGGUGAGCUUUAAGGAGCUGCUGUUCCUUGGACACCUGGUUGUUAAAGGGAUUACCCACUACUGAUUCCUGCAGAAUGGACUGCAGAAUAGUCUCUAAAUAAUGCUUUGAUUCCUUUCUUCCCUAAGGAAGCAAAGGGUUAAUUUACCUUUGUGAAGAGAAAGCCCUAAUCUGGAUCCACAGGGUAGGGGUUGGGUGUGUGAACAGAAAUAUGGGAGGCCCAGUGAUUUUUUUGUUUGGGUUUUUUCUGGGGUUUUUUUUGGUAGCUGUUCGGUAUGGGGAUCCUAACCCUUGACCUCGGUGUUCUCAGCACCACGCUCUCCCAAGUGAGCUAACUGGCCAGUCUCCAGUGUUUUUUAAGGUUACCGCAUGUAAAGCACCUGCGCGCCGUGCCUGGAACUCAGCAGCUGUUAAGGGGCUGGGAACCUGUGCGGACUCGGGCCCGAUUCUGACUACCCUUGAGAUACUAGUUCUCAGCCUUGUUUUCCCACAGGGUUAUAGGCUCUCUGCUUCCUUAGCCGGAGUGUUUUCAACUAAUCAAAUAAAUAAAUGAAUGAUGAAUAAAAAAUA